AUGCAUCAGUUCGCGCAGGCCAACAACGGCCCGUGGGACUACGACGCCCUCAUGCUGCGCAUCUACCUCCGCUUUGCACGCUUGCACACCACCCUCGCACCCUACAUGCUGCGCACCGCAUGCCUUGCAUCCACCAAGGCCCGUUCGAUGAUGUGCCCGAUGGCACUGUGCGUGCAAGGGGAUGAGGGCACGGAGAGUGGGCGGUGGGAGGUGCAGUACCUGCUAGGGGGCGACCUAUUGGUGGCGCCCGUGGUGAACAACACUGACUGCGUGCAGGUGAGGUGUGCAGGUGCCACUGCAAGUGCUACAGAAGGUGCCACAGCAGGUUCCAUAGUAGGUGCUAUAGCAGGUGCCACAGCAGGUGCUACGACAGGUGCCACAAUAGGUGCUACGUCAGGUGCCACAACAGGUGCUACAGUAGGUGCCACAGCUGGUGCUACAGCAGGUGCCACAGUAGGUGCUACAGCAAGUGCUACGGCAGGUACUACAGCAGGCGCUACAGCAAGUGCUACGGUGGUAGUGGUGGCGGUGCCACUAGAAGAGGCAGUAGCGUUCGUGAGGGAGGGCGCCAUGAUGGAGGUGCUGCCUGAUGACAUCAACACGCUCGAGCCCUGUGGCGCUCACAUCCUGCCAAGAGUCGCCCUCCUCAUAUGCCAGCUGUGGCCGGGUGGGGCCGGUAGCACGGAGCUGUGUGUGUUGUUGCGUGUGUCCCACCGCUACGAGGGCACUGUCACUCCCGCCAUCGUGGGACUAGCGGGCGGCACUGCUAGGUCUGGCAGCAGCAUGGGCGAGGGCAAUGUUUGGAAGGUGGGGAAGGUGGAGGGGAGGGAGAUGCGGAGGUGGAGGGGGGUGGGGGGGCUGCACGGAGAGGGUGAUGGCGAUCCACCCAAGUUGGAUGCUGUGCAGGAGGACGAGGGGGCAGGGGGCAGUGCAGCAGGGGAGGGCAAGGAGGAAGGUGACAUGAGAAUGAGACGGGCAAGGAGACUGCUGGGAAUGAGAGAGGGUGCUGUGCAAGGGCUUGAGGCGGGUGUGCUACGCUUGCGGAGCCAGCAGGAGCAAGGGGGGGCGAGGGGCGAGAGCGGGGGCAGGCGAGUGGUGGAGGUAGCAUGGGGGGUUAUGGCGCGCAGGGAGGUGCAUGUGAUGCUCAUGUUUGAGUGCGUCCCACACAUCACUCUCACACUUCUGCCACCCAUUGGUGGCGCUGCUGACGGCACGCAGGAGAGCCGGCUCGUGCCUUGGGCGGCUGAAGCACGCGGCGGGUCGACGCCACUCGUGGUCGUCGCGCACGACGUGCCGCUCAUCAGGAUCGCCGAGCGCCGUGCGAUCGACCACAUGAGUGAUCUCGACCAUCCACGUGGCUCCCCGGUCGCCAGCGGCAAGCACGCCAGCCCGCAAGCCGCCGCCUUCUACGCGACCCCCGCGCCCGCGCACGGUACUGCGCUGGCAGGCCGCACUGCCAUGCGCUGGCAGGCGGUACACAGUGCUUGGUGUGCUGCGCUAUGGCACCUCUGCUGCAUGACACUGCAUGCUAGGCAUUGCAUGCUACCACGCCACGGCCAGUCCCAUGAUGCCUCUCCCACCCAUCUCCCUCCCCACCACCUCCCCUCCCCAUUCUCAAACCCACCCUUCCUCCUCUCCCCUCUCCCAGCACGCCUGCAGGUGGGGGGGCGAUCAGCUAUCCGGUGCAGGCGGGGGGGGGGGGCGGGCAUGGAGCGGGGCGUGGGGGCGCAUCUGAGCUUUAUGGUGAGGGCGAGGGAGACGGUGAACGGGCGGCUGUUCCACAUCGCGCUGGGGCUGGCGGCCAGCAAGGUGCCCUGGAACGCCACCGACAACUCCUUCCUCCUCUCCCUCGUACGGCAGAGGGGCAAGUGGGAUGUGAGGUCGUUUUCGCUCAUGCCGGGGGUGUUCCAGCUGCAGCAGCCUGACGACUUCGCCUGUAUGCUCCUCAUCCAGGACGCCUGCUACGUGCACAUGACAGGUCCAUCGCGCCUGCACGCGCCAUCAGAAGGCACGCCCAUCGCGCCUGCACAACCAAUGGCGGGCAUGUGGUAUUCGGAUGAGGGCGUGCGUGACUUCAAGCGCAUCAGCACCUCCAACGACCUCUGCUCGCUCUACCCUGACGCCCUCGCCGACCAUGUGGGGCGCGAUGUGGUGCGGUUGAGAGGGUUGGAGGAGGGAGAAGGGGGCGUGGGUGGAGUGGAUGGGCGGAAGGGGGGUGCGGGAGGGGGGAGGAAGGGGAUUGGGGUGGGGAAGGAGAGGUAUGGUGGAAGGGUGGAGCGGAGGGAGGAGGAGGAGGAGGGGGAUUGGAGAGACGGCGGUCGAGUGGGGUAUUCAGCCGACGAGGGGGGGGGGGGGAGAAGAGAGAGGGACCCACAUGGACAAGUGGCGGCACCUCCUAUACGUGUCAGAACACGGACCCACCAAACAUCACAACUGUCACAGGAUCGAAUUCUCAAUCGAAACUUGUCACUAUAA